UUACAAUUAUAAAAAUAAUUAUUAAUUAAUCAUUUAAAAGGGAAAAUCAUAUAUAACGUGUUAAAAAAAUGUUAACGAAUCAAUGGAAAUUUAUUCUGAUAUUCAAUUACGUAAUUGUUGGUACACUUUGUCAAGAUAUGCCGCCGCCUUUCUUGGAGGACAAUUCAACUACAACUACAACUUCAAGAACAUCUACAGAUAGGCCGUCCUUUUCCAGUCCUUAUAGGCCUAUGAGCACAAGCACCAGCACCAGCACUAGCACUACUGCGAGUACUAGCCCCACUACAACGACCACCACUACAGAGAGACCGCCAGCUAUCACUACCACCACUACAGCAAGGAUAACGACAGUAACAUCGCGACCGACCACCUCUACCACAACCACAACGACGACAACGGAGAAACCACCCACCACCACUACUACUACUACUACUACUACUACUACUACUACUACUGCUAACAGACCUGUCGUUACUCCGCCCAGCACUGCAACGGAAGGACCUCCGAACAAUCCCUCAUUUCAACCUUUUGAUGCCGAUCAACGUAAUUGUUAUUUUAAACGCCAAUACGAUUAUCGCAAAUUGCAAUGGAACUGCUAUGGUUAUAGAUUUUUUUAUCCUAUUCAGUGUUAUCGCUGCUGCUACUAUGGUUAUCAAACAUUUGCUGCCUGCGAAAAUGUCCAUGAAUUUUAUUGUCAUAAGAAUAUUAAAAUUAAUCAAUAUAACAUUAAUCGUAAUUAUAAUUAAUAAUAAUUUUUUGAUUAAAAAAAAAAAAAUUUCACUUCGACUGAUAACAGCUUUUUUAUAAGGAAAUUCUUUAGUUUAUAUAUAUAUGUAUACAGUUAUAAAUGCAUCAUGUAUGUGUAAAUAUAUUA